AUGCCCGAGGUACCCCAGUGCGUAGUCGAGCGCUGGCUCACGGCCGCAGACAAUCACCUCCGGCAGAAAGAGCCGUCGGAACACAAUUACAUCCUGGCCAUGAUGUGCGCCAUCCGCGCCUGGGAGCAAUGCCGUGGCAUGUUCCCCACCCGAGCCAUCAUUAGCAUUUAUCGAGGGUUAUGCAACGAGAGCUUCGCCAAAGAGGACGUCGCGCUGGGGUGUUGGAGCCAGGCCAUCUUUUCCACCGCCGAGGCUGUCGAGUGCUACCUUGUGGCGAAGGGCGACGGCUCUAAGUCAUGGGAGGAGGAAGCGGCUGGACGGGGACUCUUGCGGUGCAGAGCCAUGAGGAAACAAGUCUUGGAAGCCAUAGAAAUGGGACAUGGUGUAACGGAAAAUCGACCGGUACGAUGA